ACAAUCACACCCAGAGAGAGAGAGAGAGAAAGAGAGAGAGAGAGAGUAUAUGAGAUGAAGAACAUGGCUUGGAGUUAGAGGUCAUCAUCACAUCACCCUCUCCUACCCUUCACAGCUCUCUCUUCUUCAUUCUUCUUCUUCUUCUUCUUCCACACACAACAUCCAAACAUCCUCUGAUCUUCUGUUUCUGUGUUAGUUGCAAACUGUCUGUGUGUCUUCCUUCCUUCCUGGGUUAGCUUUCAUGGGACUCCAUUUCUUGUUGGGCUAUUAACAGAAGAUCAAGUUUCAGAAAGAAAGAAGCGACAAAUAAACAUGGUGGCUGCAGUCUUGAAAACGAGUUUGGGUAGACACCCAAGUGGAUAAAGAUUGAAUCUUUUUGUCUGGAAAAGGAGCCGAUUCUAUACUAGCUUGCAUAUAUUUAGCAAGAAAAAAGCAUCUAUGUUAUGUAUGGCUGGGCAAGGCGAAGAGAAAACGAGGUCGGCUAUGGUGACAACAACCGGAUAUUGGUACGCUGAUGCUCCUACGAAUAAUCCUCAGAUUCAUCAAAUACACCAAACCUUUGACCCCAAUCCGGAGAUCUAUAAUUUAACCACUGGGAUGGAGAUGAUAGGGUGGAAGAGUUUCUUCAACAAAGGCGCCGGCGCCGGCGCCGGAGGACCGGGGCCGUCGUCUUCCAAGAUUGGUCUUUCCGGCGAGCCAUCCACGAGCCAUGAGUUCUACCAUCAUCAAGAUUUCAUCAGUACUACCAGCGAGACCAUGAUGGGCGGCGCUGCGGCGGCGGCGCCGCCGGGUGGCGGCGGGGCGUGGGUGGAGGAUGAUCCAUCUCUAAGAUGCGUGUUCCCUUGCGAGGGAAACGAGAGGCCAAGCCAGGGGCUUUCGCUCUCUCUCAGCUCCUCUAAUCCUUCUGCGAUUGGGUUACAGUCCUUUGAGCUGAGACACCAUGAGAAUGAUCUGAGAGCUUCCAUGAUGCAUGAUGGAGGGUUCCUGGGAAAAGCCGCAGCUGCGAAUCUGAACCACCACCCCUCAGAAACUGGGUAUUUCCAGAUCAGAAACUCAAAGUAUUUGGGGCCUGCCCAGGACCUCUUAAAUGAGUUCUGUUGCCUGGGAACUUCUGCAGAUACCAAUCAUCAUCAUUCUGCAAAAAUGAAGCUCCAGAAGACCAGUCAAUGGCAGGAUAAUGAGAGCGCUUCUUCUUCCAAAAACCCCUCUUUGGCUUCCCUUGACCUCCUUGAAUUGCAGAAGAGAAAAACCAAGCUCCUUCAAAUGCUUGAAGAGGUUGACAGGAGAUACAAGCACUACUGUGAUCAAAUGAAGGCGGUGGUCUCCUCCUUCGAGGCGGUGGCCGGAAACGGCGCGGCCACCGUGUACUCCGCCUUGGCUUCCAAGGCGAUGUCGAGGCAUUUUAGAUGCCUGAAAGAUGGGAUUGUGGCCCAGAUUAAAGCCAUCAAGAAGGCCACCAGCGAGAAAGACACGGCGGCGCCCGGCUCCACCAAGGGAGAAACGCCGCGGCUUAGGGUCCUGGAUCAAGCCCUCCGGCAACAAAGGGCUUUCCAGCAGAUGACCAUGAUGGAAAGCCACCCAUGGCGCCCCCAACGCGGCCUACCGGAGCGAUCCGUCUCCGUUCUCCGGGCUUGGCUCUUCGAGCACUUUCUCCACCCGUACCCCAGUGAUGUGGAUAAACAUAUUUUAGCUCGCCAAACUGGUCUUUCAAGAAGCCAGGUGUCUAAUUGGUUCAUCAAUGCAAGGGUGAGGCUAUGGAAGCCUAUGGUGGAGGAGAUGUAUGUGGAAGAAACAAAGGAACAAGAGAAUCUUCUUGCCACGUCGGACGACAACGGGGAAGCCGCCGCCCGGAAUCUGCAGAAUCCUAGGAACGACACGGAGGAUCAGAAGCCAAACCUCGUACGCAUAGACUCCGAGUGCAUCUCCUCCAUCAUCAACAACCACCCCGCCGCCGACGAUAAUAAGAACAACGCCGGCGAGGAUGAUCACCACCACCACCACCUUCAUCAACAGGCGGCGGCGCUUCAAAUCCUCGGGGCCAGAGGCGGCGGCGGGGACCACCAAUUUGGGCCGGUGGGGAUGGACUUCUCGUCCUACAACCACAACUCCGCCGGAGCCGCCUUCAGCUACGCCGCAGUGGGUGGCAGCGGAGGAAAAAACGGCGGCGGCGGCGGUGGAAGCGUGUCGUUGACGCUGGGACUGCAACAGCAAGGGGGAAGCGGAGGAAUGGGUUUGGCGGCGGCGGCGGCGUUCUCGUCGGCGGCCUCUCAGAGUUCAUCGUCUCUCUUCUACCCUAGAGACCAAAUGGAAGAUUGCCAAACAGUCCCUUAUUCACUUCUGGACAGUGAAGGUCAGAACUUGCCAUAUAGGAACUUGAUGGGUGCACAGUUGCUUCAUGAUUUGGCCGGUUAGAGUAUCAACAAAUUAAACAACUUCAAAACCUAAAACUAGGGUCCAAAAAUUCAUUAAAGAAUUGAAGUUGAUAUUAUGCUGGUCUGCCUUCCUAUAUAUCAUCUUUGUUAUAAUUUAUAACCUACUUCUUUAAUUAUAUAUUACUAUAUGAAUGGGGUAUAAUACUGAUUAAAGAAAAUGGGGAUUUACUACAUAUAUACAUAAUACAUUGGGGUUAGAUGUAUGUAUACAAUUUAAUAUAUAUUUGAAUUGCUUCCACGGCUGGUAAUUUUGAAUGCUUUAAUUUAA